GGUCGAAGAGAACUUAAUGAUCGGAAUACCAGCACCUGAAGACUGGACGCAUGAGGUUGUUCUGAGUCUCCAGAUUUGCUGAUGCCAGUUCGUCUUUCAAGCACAACCAAUAGGAAGCAUGAAUGGAAGCCAAAUUCCAAACUCCACUGGGAAGAUCCCAAGUCAUCAAGCCACCACAGUUCAAUAUGCACUGCAGAAUGGAACCGUCUUGCAGCAGACUGGUGUUGUACAGAACAGCACCGGCGUACAGCUUGUGUACGCACCUGCCGUUCCUGUUUACCAACUGACGGGGUACUGUUUGCAGUCGCAGCAGGCAAAGGUGUAUGUCAUUCAGCAGCCGCAAGCCCAACCCUGUGUGCCUGCACUGGCCAGUGGUAGCCCUGGCCAGGCAGGGCAGCAGCAACAGAACAACGACAGUGCCUCCCAUUCCUUCCCUGUAACUCAGUCUCGACCAGAGCCUCCAAGUGAUCCAGAGCAAGCACAGGUUCCUGCAAAUGGACCACCCAGCAAUGUAUCGGCAACUGGCCAAGAGCAGCAAGGUGUUGGGCAGCUGGUGCAACUGGAAAAGGACAGUAUUGGUGGUGGUAGUACCUCCCAUUCACACUAUAGCAAAGCAGGGUUGGAGAAUUCCCUUGCACCUCCGGGUAAUAGAUUGUCCAUGUUAGGCUCUCUGCCCGCCACUUUAACCAGUUCUACCAAUUCCCCUAUUUUGUUGGCAGUUUCGGAGAACGGCAUCUUUAACAAUUCCACAAACUUAACAGUGACACAACCAGCCCUUUCUGUUUCUGUAAGGCGACAGUCAGAUACCUCAAUCAAGCUACCAAGUUUAUCUAGUGUGAUGAUGAAGAAAAGUUCUUCAGCACCUCCAAAGGCCAAUAGAAACAAGAUGGUCACAGCAAUGUCUUCUGUGCCUACUGUUAGUCAACAAUCUGUGCCUUCUGAAGGUAUGAGUGUCCUUGCACCUGAAAAGCAUAUGGAUGUUUCCUCACACAUAACUAGGAUCUCUAGAAACGAUUUGAUAAACCUAUCAAUUGCCAAUCGUGCCAAGAACACAGCUCAUGCUGGUAUGAAUUCGACGCCUACAAAAGGUCAAUCUCAUGCUGCUCAGAGAAGGACCUCUUGCACUCAGACUCAAGCACAGAAGGCGCAAGAGCAGAAGGCACAAACACAAAGUCACAAGGCUGUGGCUAUUGUUCCACCAUUAUCAAAAGAGUGUGCUGAUGGAAGAGACGAACGACAAACAUCUGAACCAUUAAAAAUGCAGCACAUUCGAGGGCCUUCUGGAGAAAAAACAGUAGAAAUGUUCAAGGCGGGUGAUUUUAGUGCAAUCAAUCCUCCAGUAUAUCAACAGUCUGUUGAUGACAAGUGCAAUGUGUGUGUUGAGGAUGAUCCUUUAGUCCAACAAGAGCAAAAAAAACUACCUGAACUGUCUGUGGAAAAGACACAUGGGGCUAAAACAUUGUCAGGCUUAAUGAUGUCUGAUACUUUUUUCUUACAAACCCCCACAACCAAUUUACAUGAGCCCAAACCGUCUACAAAAAAGACCCUCAGCCAGAAGGAGUUCUGUGGAGAAAGGGCAGCGAAAAUAUCACUGGAAUCGUCAAGACUUGAAUCACGAAUCAUGAAUCACAAAAGCACACAUGCCACAGGGGUUGAUGAGCACAAGGUGGAUUCUCUGCCAUCAACAAAGGGAAAUGAGGAGAAAUCUACCCAAAGUCCAACAAGGCCAGCCAAUGCUCAACCCGAUGAAACCUCUCUCCAUUUGGCUACUUUGGCUGAACCUGUACAAUCCAUAUCGCCCACACCCUUUAAAUGUAGUGUUGGGAUGCUGAAAGAAUUGGUUGCUGAUCUUGAAGCAAAAAACACGGCAAAUGAAGUAAUGGAGCAAAGUACCAGGUCUGGCAGUCCAAACCUUGUGAGGUCCUUACUUGAUAUUUACUGGGGUGGAAGUGCGCGUAAUUACCAGGCUGCAAGGGCAGAAGGCAUUCAUAAGAUAUUGAAAAACGUCUCCAUGUUCACAGGGGCAGAUGACUUUGUGUUUGACUGCAUGAACACAGAUAUUUCUUCUCAGUUAGAGGAUAACGUCUGCGUUCUCAAUGGGGACCGUGAUGUUGACACGGCAGAAGUUACUGUUGAGUCACCUCCUAAGGACAUUGGAGAAGAAAUCAAGAGACUUGCUGAGAACAGGUCCAGCUCGGAAGCCUUGGGUCCUUUACUAACAGAAUGCCCUGAAACCUCUAGUCCUUUACAAACAGGAUGUGCAGAAAUAAUGGGUCCUCUACCAACGGACUGCUCUAAAACCUCCAUGCCUCCAUUAACAGAGCGCCCUGAAACUCCUAGGCCUUUGCCAACAACGUGCUUUGAACCCACAAGUCCUGUACAAACAGAGAGCCCAAAAACUCCCAGGUCUUUACAAACAAGAUGCUUUGAACCCAUAACUCCUGUAAGAACAGGAUGCUCUGAAACAUCUUUGCCUUCACUAACAGAGUGCCCUGAAACCCCUAGGCCUUUACAGACAAGAUGGUUUGAACCCAUAAGUCCUGUACAAACGGAAUUCUCUGAAAACCCUAUGCCUUUACGAACAGAGCGCCUUAAAUCUCCUAGUCCCGUAGAUCCUGUACAAACAAAAGGCUCUGUAACACCUCAUCCUUUACUAACAGAACACCUUUCCACCCCUUCACCUUUGCAGACAAAUUGCUUUGAACCUGGUAGACCGUUACUAACGGAAGACAUGACGGGGCACGAAGUGAAUGACACUCUUUCACAUAGUCCCAGAUCCCCUUGUAUAUCUCCAGUUAACAUCACUCUUGUACCGGCAGAGGACAUAGAGUGGCUGUUUAAUAGUGGGAAAGAUGACCAAAUGGCACUCAACAAAGAGCCCUUCUCACCCCCAUUGAGCAAUGAAGGACAAUCGGAUAGUGUUUUGAAAGACAUAAAGGUGACAGUUUGUUCAGUAGACCAGGUCAAAUCUAUUUUUGAGCUGUUUGAAGAUGGUCUAGAGCCCUCGUCUAAAUCUCCUGACCAAUCAACCAUGUGUACAGGUGAAAAAACAGAAACCUCAUUGUGUAGUAAUGUGGCACCGUGCAGUUCUGGCUCGGACAAAUCAUUUAUCGAGAACACAAAAACUGUGUCGGACAAUAAAGCUGCACCUUGCAGCACCGGUGUGGGAAAAUCAACCUUGUUGGACAUUGCCCCAUGUCCUUCCAACUCGAGCAAAUCUGUUGAUAAGAACACGAAAACCAAAUCAGUUGGCCAUUGUGUUGAUCGUCACCUCCUCUCUGUACUAAAAAAGAAAACACAGAAACCGUUGUUCAAAAAGGCACUCAGCUCAUACAUAAAAGAGAAUACCAGGGUCCCUCAGAACAGCAGGCAGAGUGAAAGGCCGUCCAUAGCAACAGUAUCUCCCAAACAGACUAAGGUCAAAGGUCAGAUUGUGUCACCAAAUGACCGGAAAGGCUCAUGUGCCACAACAGGACUGGACUUUCAAGUCAAAAGGAAAUUAUGUGAACAUAGUGAUGAGGUUGUCCAUAGAACUGCAGAGAGCCACUCUACUGGUUCACAGGACGACAGAACCUUAAAUACUGAUGUAAAACUGAAGCGGCACACAAGUCCAGUCGACACCUCUCACAGUAGUUCCACAAAGAGACCUUGCAAGGAGGCCUCAUCCCCAAGUCCUGUCUCAAAAACACCUGUCAAAACCGUGGACAGCAGGGACCAUUUAACGACCAAAGCUUUUUUGUACUCUCCUGCAGAAACGUCCGCCAAAAACAAGGUGAAACAAAAUUGGGCAACUGCUUUUGUGCCACUUGUUAGGUAUAAGAAACCUAGCUGAUAUUGGACGAAUGUUUUGUCCAAUUAUGUUUUUUAAUUCAUACGAUUGUACAAUUGUAAUUCAUGUAUUCUAAAAGUAUAUGCAAUGUGAGGCACCCCCAUUUAUCUUCUUUCUUUUCACUCAUUUUCCGUUUUUUUUUUUUUUUUGGUAUUUUCAUCCAUGACUCUUUCUAAACUUGUUUUUUUAUUCACUGGGAAAUAUUACGUUGUCAAUGGAAAUGAAUUCUACUUUUGUGAACAUUUAUACGAGCUAUUAUCAGUGUUAGAUCGAAAAGCAUGCUAUUGUUUUGUUAUCAGUAUUAGAUCGACCAGUAUGCUAUUGUUUUGUCCAAAUAAAUUGAUAUUGAAAUGAAGUGUUA